CUUUCUGAGAUAUUUCUUGAACUUUUCACUUUCACAUGUUAUUUUCUUUUUCCUGUUAUCAAAUCUUGUUACUUUUGUCUCUCGUCUUGUUUCUCUUCUACCAACACAACACCCCCUUUUAACUGAAACUCACAUUCUUCUUACCCUUCAUUUUAGGCGGAUAAACCGGUGUUUCACAGAUCCAAGUGUACAAAAAUCUUGGGUGUUGAUUGAUUUCAGCAUUUAACUCAGCUGGGAAAUGGUAAUCUCUGUGGCCAAUUGAAUUGAAUCUCAUUGUUUUAGUAUUUUGCUGUGGCAAUAUGGAUAAAUAAAGAAAAACAAGAGUUAAGAUGGAGAGUCAGGAGUUUCGGCGGUGGGAUGAAUUAAUUCCUGAUGCACUUGGGCUAAUAUUUAGGAACCUUUCACUUCAAGAGGUAUUAACUAUAGUUCCAAGGGUUUGCAAAUCAUGGGGAAAAGCCGCAAGAGGUCCUUAUUGUUGGCAAGAGAUCGACAUUGAGGAAUGGAGCAAAAAUCUUAGCCCUGAUAACCUUGAUCGGAUGCUUCAAUUUCUUAUUACAAGAAGCUGUGGUUCUCUCCGUAAGCUUUGUGUUUUUGGUCUCUCCAGGGAAUCAAGCUUCACAUUCAUUGCAAACAAUGCCAAAUCUUUGCAGAUGUUGCGGUUGCCAAAAAGUGAUAUAGGCGAUUCCAUCGUGGAACAGGUCGCUGGAAUGUUCUCGAACAUUACAUUUUUGGAUGUGAGCUACUGCAUAAAAAUAGGAGCCAGAGCGCUUGAAGCUAUAGGGAAGCAGUGUAGAUGUCUAACUGGUUUGCGUCGAACAAUGCAUCCCCUUGAGGUUAUUGACAAGCUUUCCCAAGACGAUGAAGCCCUUGCAAUAGCUAGUACAAUGUCAAAGCUCAAGCAGCUCGAAAUUGCUUAUAUGCUGGUUGGUACAACAAGCAUAACCGAGGUCCUUAAAAACUGCAGACAUCUUGAGCUGCUCGAUGUAAGGGGUUGUUGGAAUGUGAACCUUGAAGAAAAUUUCGUAAAGAAAUUCCAUCAGCUAAAGGUGGUCGGUCCCCUUGUCGUAGAUUGCUAUGAUCGAAACGGAUGGGACAAUUGCUCUGAUUAUUCAAGUUCUUCAGGCUAUGUACCAUGGGAAUUUGUGGCUGGUGACAUGGACGAUGACGACUUUGAUGGCAUGUCCGAUGUGUAUUGGGAGGAAGAUGACCAAAGUAUUGAGGACGUCGAAAUGUGGUUUUAUGAUGACUUAAAUGCUGUGGACUCUGGAUACGAUUGGCCGCAAUCUCCUUGAGGUUUGCCUGAUCAAAUUCUACUUAUUCAAUUUCGACAAGUUCUACAUUACUUCUCUCUUCGCUUCUAAAUACCUCUACAUAAGAAAGUUUGCUUGCUUUCUACAAUGUAUAUGCGAAUUAUGUGUCUGUGUACCUUCUCCUCUUUCUUCGUUUCUUUUCCUGUUUUAUUACUAUCCCGAUUGUAUGUAAUUUCUUAUUCAUAGCAAAGAUUUCUAUGCUAUCAGCUUAAUCAAUUCAGUCUCUGCAGUUCU